UUCGCAAUUUCUCCGUGAAAAAAAAUGCAACGAUGUGAUAAGAAACCGACUGCAACGCACUUACUUGGCGAAUUAACAAAGUUGAAAACUCAGCAAAAAUAUUUGGAAGCGACGCAGGCAACGCUAAAACCAAUAAGUCAUACACCAUCUGAAGCGAGCGAACUGAACGAUUUGGAGUGUUUAAAAAUCGAACAAGAUUUAAAUGCGUCAUCAUUAACUGAUAAAAUGAAGCACGAUACAUUUCGUUUGAAGGAUUCAGUGCGAAAUUUUCGCAAUGAAAUGUUGAAUGUAGACAGUUUGUGUAAAUUCAAUACGAAACAGUAUCGUGAAAAAAUUGAAGUAAUUGAUCAACGGCAACGUGAACUUGACGCCAACAAUCGGGAACAAUUGAAAAAACUGAAAAUCGAAUAUUGUAAUAUUGAAAGUGAAUUGACGGCAUUAAUGAAAAAUUUGGAUUUACUGGCAAAAAUGCCAACAAUCAAGAAUAAAGUGAACGCAACGAUGAAUAUGCGUCGAGUUCAAUCAGCACCAAUUGACCGAAGCGAUUUGGAUGAUGUGCAACGGUUCGAUAGAUACUUAAAAGAGCAUAACGGUCACACGGGCGGAUGGAUUCAAGAGGAACAUUUGCUAUUCGUCAAAUUGAAAAAUAAACACAACAACAACAUCGAACACAUAUGUACGGCAUUCCAUGCAUUUCUUGUGGAUAAAAGCGAGGAUGAAAUACGUGCACACAAUGACUGGCAUGAAAAGUACUUGGAAUUAAAAUUGAAGAAGCGCCAAACGAUACAAAAUUGGAGACGAAGCCGAACCACACCACUCAGGAUAAUGUUACAAACAGCAUGAAUCACACACACCACUCGAGUAAUAAUUUUGUUAAUCAAACGGCGAAAUUUACGACAUCAUUUAUCUAUUAGUUGAUUGGUGCAAUCAAACGUCUAAUUGACUGUCAGCCGUUUUCCGUCGAUUGGGAUGAUCGAAAUAUCAACGCAUCAUAAAAACUAUUUUGCUACUGAAAACAAAUCAAUCAAAAUUAUAUACACACGCACACAUGCAUCAGCUGCUGUGCGCUGUCGAUUACAAUCAAUGUCAAUAUGGAUUUAUUUGAUACGGUUGUUAACCUAUUGAUUGUACAUACAUAAUGAAUUUCCGCUAAAUGAAGCGCCGCACUGCUCAUCGUUCAUAAAGUGUACUUAACGUUUUCCAUUUUUAUAACUUUAUUUACGGAUCGGGAUUCUUAACAGUUAAAAUUCGAUUGUUUUUUAUGUCUAGACAAGUGCAACGGUAUCGAUAUCGUGUUUUAUUUAUAUAUGGUAUGCAAAUGCCUGGAUGCAAUUUGAUGUUUUUUUUCUUAGAAAUUUUAUUACAUAAACAUAAGAAUGACAAAUCUUUUCAGCUUGCAUAUAAAGCCAUUUCGAUUAUCAUUUAUAGAAAAUACAUAAAUCAUUUUACAUGGUCAAUCUAAUUAGCACUGAUUUCGUUUGCAAAGAGAAAAAAAAAACAAAAAAACACACCAACAACAUGCAUUUGCUUGUAUCAGCUUCAAAUGGGUGAUUACAAUUCUAAACAAUGUUACACGAAUAUCAUAUCAUAAAAUUAAGAUAAAAGCAAUAAAAAUGCGUUUACUAUCUCAAAAUCGUCUAAUGCAAAUCAAUUAUUGUAAUACUUAAAAUUCGCAUAAUCGUAAGAAAGACAAACACAA